AUGUGUGAUGUUAUUCCACCUUCCUUAUUUCCUGUAAUAACUCAAGAUUUUUUUUUAUUUUUCAUAGAUAAAGAUAAAAUGGAGGCAACAAGUUCUGGAGAGAUAGAAAAGCAAGCUGGAAACCAAAGCCAGUUAGAAGUAAUUGACUUGACAGAAAUUGGUGAUGAAAGCUCAAGUUCUGAUGAAAGUAGCUCAGAUUCAAGUGAUGAAAGCACAGAUUCUGACGACCAAAGCACAAGUUCUGAUGAUGUCAUGGAAAUCAGUGAUGAUGAAGAGCCCACAAUGGUGGCAGACGUGAAUCCGCCAAAGAAUUUAAAUUCUCAUUUGUCUUCUCUGGCUUUGGAGUCAGUGACUGAAUCAGAAAUUUGUGAAUUGAACCUAAUUUUCGAUGCCCCAGUUCCUAAAGAAGAUGCAGAAAUAAUUCCUGCAGCAAAUUUUGAAAAUAUUAAUGGUAAGGCAAGUGCAAAAGUUAACAGGAAUUUGACAUUAGGAUUGGGUGAAAAAAAAUGGCCUACAUUUACGACCACAAAUAGGCCAGGACAUGACUUAGUUGUGCCAGAUAGUUCAAAUAAAUUGGAAUUUCAGAAGACUUCCCCGACAAAAAUCUCAGAGCCAAAGAAAGACAACUCUUCAAAAACUGAAAAUGGCAUAAGCAUUCAAUCAGGACCAUGUUUGGUCAUCCCAGAUAAUUUGGCGCCAGAAAAUUCCAAGAAAAAUGAUAAAUCAAAGAAAGUCAGCAAUGAUGUAGAUGAUGAAUUUGAAAAUUUAAACAUCCAUUUUGGAGAAAGUAACCAUGACGAUGGCUCAGAUGAAAGCGACGUAGAGUUAGUCAACGUAGAUUUUGAUCCCAAUUCCAUUAACAGUCUGCUUGACCUUGACCUUGACGUCAACGAAAAUAUUUUAGUUAGUGAUAACGAAUCUGAUGUAGAGGUCACAGCUCUGACCUUUGAACCCAAUAGUCAUAAUCAAGGUCAAGGUCAAAUGUCAGCCAAUGAUGAAAACUCUGAUAGUGGGUCUGAUGUAGAAAUCUUGCGUCAGACAUUCGAGUGUAAACUUUGUCGCAAGUCGUUUCGAACAUACAAAAAGCGACAGGAACAUUAUUUUCUUCAUUCUAAUGCACAUGCAAAGCGGCACGCAUCCUGCGCCUGUGGUUUUUGUGGCAAAGUGUACCACAAUACAAGCAAUCUUCAACGACACUUCCGUGUUCAUACUGGAGAGAAACCAUACACAUGUCACGUCUGUACGAAAUCGUAUAGUUGCAGCGAAGUUUUGAAUGUUCAUUUGAGGUCACAUACAGGUCAUAAACCCUACAAGUGUAAAAUUUGUCCCAAAAAAUUUCAAAGCAGUACUCAUUUGAAGACACAUAUGCUUAUUCAUACAGGAGAACUUCCAUUCAAAUGCGAUUUUUGUGAUAAAAGAUGCAAAACACGAAAUGAAGUAAAAUUGCACGCUGUAAUACACAGUGAUACUAAGCAGUACCAGUGCUCAAUUUGCAAAAAGGCGUUCAAACGCCCUAAUCAUUUAAAAGAACACAUGUUCGUACAUGUACAUGCUAGGGAUUUCAAGUGUAAAAUAUGCGAUCAUACAUUCGUUUCUAAACAUCGUCUGAAAAGUCAUCAGCGACUUCAUAGGCCUUCGACUGAAGUCCACAAAUGUGACGUUUGUCUUAAGGAAUUCCGUCAGAAACAUGACCUAGUGCGUCACAUGAAAACUCACGUAAAACGCGACAGUAGUUUUGUCUGUGACAUUUGUCAAAAGUCGUUUAAUUCAAGCACGUACCUUCGGAAUCAUAGAGAAAUACAUUCAGGUAGGAAUUAUCGAUGCCAGGAAUGUCCGAAAAGGUUCAAGACAAAAUCACUGCUCCAAAGACAUCUACUAGUCCAUAAAACAGAUCGCGAACUUGUCAAAUGCUUGGUGUGUGGCAAAAACUUCAAAAGCAUGCAGAGUUUGAAAAUUCAUUUUAUUACCCAUACAUCCUUAAUGCCCUAUAAAUGUAACAUUUGCGAUAUGAAAUUUAAUCGCGCAUCUACUCUAAGAACUCACAGACUGGUUCAUUCUGACGUGAAGAGAUUCCGCUGUGAUGUUUGUAUGCGUGGAUUUAAGAGAUUACGAGGCCUUCAAAGUCAUAUGUUGAUUCAUACUGGAGAGAAACCUCAUAAAUGUGACGUCUGUGAUAAAUCUUUUAAAACUGUAACAGAAGUGAAAAAACAUUUGGAAAAGACAUGUGAAAUCGCAUCAAGAGACAAACCUCAUGCCUGUACAGUUUGUGAUAAGUCUUUUAGACAGAAAUCGGUUCUUAUAAGACAUAUAAGAGUUCAUACUGGAGAGAAACCUUACAAAUGUGAUGUAUGUAGUAAAGCUUUUGCUGGACUAGGGGAUAAAAAUCAUCACAUGCUCGCGAUUCAUUCGAAGGUCAAAUCUGACAUCAAGUGUGAUUAUUGCGCGAAAACGUUCAGGUUUAAAAAAAAUCUUAAAACACAUAUGCUGCGUCACGCAGGACAAAGGAAUCACACGUGUGAAUUCUGUGAUAAAGCCUUUUACACAUCAGCCGCUCUGAAAUACCAUCACGCAAACCACACAGGCGACAAACCAUUCAAAUGUGAUGUAUGUCACAAAAGAUUCGUCACAAAAGCUCACAUGUUGCGUCAUGCUGCAUUCCAUACCAAGGAACGUGACCUCAUUCGUGCGUGGAAUGAAAAACGUCCAAGACCUUAUCGUUGCAUCGUUUGCCAAAAACGUUUCAUUACCAAAGAUAUGUUGACUGGUCACACGAAAAUUCAUUUUCCUCGGUCCAUACAUUGUGACAGAUGUGAUAAAUCAUUUACAUUCAAAGCCGGGUUGAAAAGGCAUUAUCAGCUCGUGCACCUUAAGGAAACGAGUCGUGUCAAAGUUAUAAAGCAGAUUCAAGAUUCUCUAAUCGUGUUUGAUCAAAAGCCAGUCCUUAGUGAAGUUAAUAGAAGCUAG